UCUGCAUUAGACAAACUGAACUGUUUAGAAAUGAACCAAGCAAGUUGAAAACAGUUCAGACUAUCUUGCUAGGGUGAGAGAGAGAGAGAGAGAGAGAGAGAGGAAAAAAAGAAAAAAAAACUUUCCAAGCAUCAAGAGCUUUUCAGCCAUAUGUGUGUAAAAAAUUUCUUUCCAAAUCACGUGACAUGAGGAAGAGGCUCAAAUCCAUUACACAAUAAUGAAAAUAUGCCGUUGGCAAAGUUAAGCCAAAACCUGAAGUGCUGCAGGAAGCUGGGAAUACAAGGAAAAAAGAAUCAAACUUAAAAAAAGUUGGAGAACUUUAAAUUUCAGGCUAUCUCAGAAGGAAGCUGUUUGCAACAAUAACUGGGAUUCUGGCUACACUGUGUGACAGUGAUUUGCAGUGGAACAUCUGCUUAAGAUUCAGUAGGUUUUCCAGUGCAUGUCAAGAUCUUACUGAAGAGAUUAGUCCUGACUGCACCAUGAUCUCUGUGGUUCUUCUCAUCUGGACCAUGCCCUGUGUAGCUAAUCACAUUCUCAGUGGCUUUGUUAAAGGAGAAUUUCAGGAAGGUUCCAAACAGCUCCUGUGCAGCAUGCCAGGACCGCAGGGACCUCCAGGCAUCCCUGGAGCACCAGGAUCUACAGGAACAGUUGGGCGAAUGGGAUUCCCAGGAAAAGAUGGAAAGGAUGGAAAAGAUGGGGAAAAAGGAGAGACAGGAGAUGAAGGACCACAGGGCCGAACAGGGAACCCAGGCAAACCAGGAGCAAAGGGCAAAGCAGGAGGCAUCGGCAAAGCAGGUCUGCGAGGUCCAAAGGGUCUGAAGGGAAAUCCUGGGAAAAAUGGAGCCCCAGGGAAGAAAGGACCCAAAGGGAACAAGGGUGAUACUGGAAUGCCAGGUCCUUGCAGCUGUGGUGCUAAUAAAGCCAAAUCUGCUUUUUCUGUCGCAGUCACAAAAAGCUACCCAAGAGAGAGGCUACCCAUCAAAUUUGACAGGAUCAUCAUGAAUGAAGGAGGGCAUUAUAAUGCUUCCAGUGGGAAAUUUAUAUGCAGCAUUCCCGGUAUUUACUACUUUACUUAUGACAUCACUUUGGCCAAUAAACACUUGGCCAUUGGGUUGGUUCACAAUGGACAGUACCGAAUAAAGACCUUUGAUGCCAACACGGGUAAUCAUGAUAUUGCCUCUGGUUCAACCAUUCUCUCCCUGAAGCAGGAGGAUGAGGUGUGGUUGCAGAUCUUCUACUCAGAACAAAACGGACUCUUUUAUGAUCCAUACUGGACAGACAGCUUAUUUACCGGCUUUCUGAUAUACCCUGACCAGGAUUAUCUCAAUGAAAUAUAGGAGAAGACUGUAAAAAGAAGUAGAAAAUGAGUUUUGAGAGCUGAUACCAGUGAAGAAUGGCCUCUAGGUGUGGAUGUGUUAGAUCACUGUAGGACUUGGCAUUGUCAGAGCUGUUAGGCUGUAUUCGCUUUUUGGAUGUCUGCUCUCCCUCAUUAUCAAACAUUGCACCCCAUAAUAGAAUCCAUGGGAAGAAUGUUACUUUAGCCUUCUUCUGGUUUUUAAGUCCCUUGGAAUUGUCAGCUACAUUUUCUACUGCCAAGCAAAUAUGCUGUAGCCCUCAAUCACUGCAACUUUAACGCCAUGGCAGAAUCCUGUUUUGUUUUU